AUGGUGAUGCUCCUGCAGCAUAGCAACAACAUCAGCACCGGUCACAGCCCCGCAGCGCUGAGCCGGGGGGGACACACCGCGGCGGCCGUGCUCCUCGGGUUCAUCCUGGUCCUAGGCUUCCUCGGUAACUUCCAGGUGCUCGCUGUGUUCUCGCGGUUCCCCGGGCUGCGGACUCCCGCCAACCUGCUGCUGAUCAACAUCAGCGUCAGCGACAUGCUCGUCUGCAUCUGCGGGACGCCCAUCAGCUUCGCGGCCAGCGUGCGUGGCAGGUGGCUGACCGGGUCCUACGGGUGCCGAUGGUAUGGUUUCUCCAACGCGCUUUGCGGUAUAGUAUCUCUGGUGUCUCUCUCUCUGCUGUCCUUUGAGCGCUACUUGAUCGUGCUCCACAGCAGACAGUCAGACUGCUCUCAGUACCGCAGGGCCAGACUCGCUGUGGCGGCCUCCUGGCUCUACUCGCUGGUCUGGACUCUGCCGCCGCUGCUGGGCUGGAGCAGCUAUGGGCCUGAGGGUCCCGGCACCACCUGCUCAGUCGAGUGGCACCAGCGCUCGGCCGCAGCUCGCUCCUACAUCAGCUGUUUGUUCGUCUUCUGCCUGCUGCUGCCGCUGCUGCUCAUGCUGUUCUGCUAUGGGAGGAUCCUGCUGGCUGUGCGAAAAGUGGCGAGACAGGUCACCAGGAGCAAACAGUCCUCAGCUGAGCGGAGAGAAGUCCGCAUACUUGUAAUGGUGGUGUCCAUGGUGACGGGCUACCUGUUAUGCUGGAUGCCAUACGGGGUUGUGGCGAUGCUGUCCUCCUUUGGUCGGAACGGUGUGGUGCCGCCUGCUGCCAGUUUAAUCCCUUCCCUGCUGGCAAAGACCAGCACCGUCCUUAACCCCAUCAUUUAUGUGCUGCUUAACAAGCAGUUCAGCAGGUGUUUCCUGCACAUGAUCAGGUGCAGCUCAGACGCCCCGCCUACUCCGAUCCACCACACGUUGCCUAGCAGCAGGAGAGAGUGGCCUCCAGUUGUCAUCCCGCCAACUGACAAACUAAACAUGACACCCACCACGCUCACAUCCAGUUGA